GUAGUGAACGAGGGCGGAGUCAGAAAGAAGAGGACCUUGAAGAUGUGUUUCACUUCUGUUUGUCACAUUUGGAAUUAUUCUGCUAAAAGAUUUGAUUUCCACCACUGGCACGGGGUGGACAUGAAUACAUGUGAGUGGUUUUCACACAUGCUCGAUGCGACGACUUCCUUUUCUUGGUGACGGUGGUGAAAUGAAGCUUCCUGUCACCCAACGUUAAGGUAAAGGCAGCUUCGUUCGGCGUGACAUCACUCUCGCUUGAAUUGAGGGCAGAGGCGACAUUUUUGGCGUUGGGGAACAAGUCCAGGAAGCUGCGUCAAUAGAUAAGUCACCAAACAAUGGACAUCUGGCUGGUUGGUUCUCACUAGGUGACCCGGUGUUUGGCGGCACACAUGGAAGGUCAUUGUGGUCUCUGGACCCUGCUGCUGUGGGCUGCUAUCAUCUCUCCGGCCUCCUGUCAAAGCAGAAUAGCUCCUACCUCAGCGAGCUCCGCAAAGGAAACCACAGACGCGAAGAUUUCAAACAGCAGCUCAACUGUCUUUCCCACAAACUUCCCUCAGAUCUCUAAUGAGGAGACUACUCCAAAUGAAAAUUAUCCACCAGCAAUGAUACCCAUUCAGUGCUCCUACACUGUGACACCCAUCAAGUAUGGCUUCAGGUUCAACAUCAGCCGCUCUUUCACUGGCAUGUACACAAUCAUUUUGACCGAAGAUGGCGUGCCACUGAAAAAAAACUAUAAUGAGACACAGGUCGACGUCCUGAAACUCAAGCCAUGCACUGCAUAUGACCACCAAGUGCAAUAUCCCGCCAGUGAUGGCAACAUUGUAACUUGUAACUUCAGCAGUGGUACUCGGAAGACCUUAACAAGAGACAUGAGCCAAGAUGACAUCACUUUUGGCAGAUGUAAGACUAGUUGUCUUUCACUCUCCACUAACUGGAAUAUCAGCACGUCACUGUCACUUCCAAAUCAUGCUCACUUGGAGCAAUGUGACAAUAAUUUGUGCAUCAGACCGGCCUACGCUGCCAUUUGCUCUAAUCUCACGACAACUUUCACUUGUGCAAGUCGAAAUUCUUCCUUCACGCGAAGAGAGUUCAUCAGUGCGGAUUUCCUCCCUGGAUUUUCAAAUGUAAUCCCACAGAAUGUUUCGCCGGGCCUUCCUGCAGAAAUCACAGCAGAGUUACCGCCCCGAUGCUCCAAUCUCACCGUUGUUUACUCUUGUCUAGAUGGUAAAAUCCCCAAGAACGUGUCUGAUCUGGAACCCUUCACAGACUACAACUGUACUGGUCAGAUCUGGGAGUUUGAUGUCAUCAAAGCAAACCUGCCACCACUUUCUGUCAGGAUUGACUGCGAUCUUGAAAUCCAAACUGUAGCGACCAGCAAUACUAAUACAUCUGUCGUACUGGCAUGGACGGCAACAAGUGUGAAUUGUGCAGAUGUCAUAUCCGGACUAAAUCAGCUAACAUAUGAAUGCACAUGUGUGUCUCAAACGGAAAACAGUAAAGCAGCAUCUGAUAUGGCAAGCAAACAAAAUGAGACACACAUUGGUUGUACCUUUGAGGGCUUGGAUCCAUACACCAACUAUACAUGUGAAAUCCAUCCCAUGUACGGGAAUCAGUCUCUUGGACAAGCAAAGAAACAAAACUUCACAACUGCCAUCGGGGUUCCAGAAGGCAUCACCAACCUGCAUGCAGUUGUUGUAAACAACAAUAUAAUCGAAGUGAAGUGUGAACAUUCAAAUAAGUUUAAUGGACCCAAGAAGAAACUCAACGCAAUACUUUAUCAGGAUAAGACAGUUGUACAAAGACAAAAUAAAACCAACUGCAAAUUCCUCUUCCAAGAUCUGAGCUACUCUACAACCUACCGAGUGGAGAUAUUUGCAUCCAACCAGGACUUCUCCAGUUUUGUCUGGGCAGAAUCUCUCAGCACUCAUUACAACGACAAAGCCCUGACAGGGUUUCUUGUCUUCCUCAUCAUUUUCACAUCUGUGGCGCUCCUUGUGGUCAUCUACAAAAUCUAUUUAGUGAAACGCCAACGAUUCCGAGACAUGAGUGAAAACAUUCUUCUAAUCCCCAAUGCAACUUCUGUGGAGCCAAUUGACGCCAACAUCUUGCUGGAAGCAUAUAAAAGCAAACUGGCUGAUGAGGGCCGCCUUUUUCUGGCUGAGUUUCAGAGCAUCCCCAAAAUUUUCACUCGUUACACGGUGAGAGAGGCCAAGAAAAACUGCAACUUCCCCAAGAACCGUUAUGUCGACAUCCUACCAUACGAUUACAACCGAGUCCAGCUGAACACGGGAAACGGAGCGGCAGGAUGCGACUACAUCAACGCCAGCUUCAUUGAUGGCUACAAGGAAUCCAAGAAGUACAUUGCAGCUCAAGGCCCAAAAGAAGAAACUGUGUGUGAUUUCUGGAGGAUGAUCUGGGAUCAGCGGUCUUCUAUCAUUGUCAUGGUGACACGCUGUGAAGAGGGAAACAAGAACAAGUGUGUGCAGUAUUGGCCCUCUUUUGACCAGGAGACAGAGAUGUUUGAGGAGUUUGGUGUCGAGCUCAACUCAGAGGAUCACUUCCCUGAUUAUUCCAUCCGCCGUCUUAACCUGACCAAUAGGAAAGAAAACACUGAGAGAGAGGUGACCCACAUCCAAUUCAUCAGUUGGCCUGACCACGGCGUCCCCGAGGAGCCACACCUCCUCCUGAAACUCAGACGCCGUGUGAACUCCUUUAAAAAUGUUUUCAGCGGGCCCAUUGUCAUCCACUGCAGCGCCGGAGUGGGCAGGACAGGCACCUACAUCAGCAUUGACGCCAUGAUGGAGUGUCUGGAGGCCGAGAGCAAAGUGGACAUCUAUGGAUAUGUUUUCAAACUCCGCAAACAAAGAUGUUUCAUGGUUCAAGUGGAGGCCCAAUACAUCCUGAUUCACCAGGCCCUGUUGGAGCACAACCAGUUUGGAGAAACAGAAAUCUCACUGUCAGAACUCCAUAGUUCACUGAGCAUACUGAAACAGAACAACUCUGACAAUGAACCAACGUUACUGGAGUAUGAGUUUGACAGACUUCCUAACUACUACAAUUGGAAGACAUCCAACGCUGGGAUCACUGAGGAAAACAAACAGAAGAAUCGCUGUUCCUCUGUCAUCCCCUAUGAUUACAACAGAGUCUUGUUAUAUGAGGGGUCGAGUCAGGAUAGCGACCAUGAUGAAGGUCAUGAGGAAGCAUCAUCUGAUAGUGAAGACGAUUCCGAGUCCACUAAAUACAUCAACGCCUCCAGCAUUCACGGCUACUGGGGUCCACACAGCUUCAUUACAGCACAGACUCCUAUAGCGAACACUGUCGGUGACUUUUGGUUGAUGGUUUACCAGAAGAAAGUGUCCACCAUUGUCAUGCUGUCAGGGGCCAGUGCUGAUGAAAAGGAGUCUGCGUACUGGGAAAAGGAGAAAAGCACCUUUGGGGAUAUUGAGGUGGAGGUGACAUCAACAGACGCGUCUCCCAAUACGAUCAAGCGUGACAUGCUGAUUAAUCACAUCAAGAGGAAAGAGAGUCGCCUGGUGAAACACGUCCAGUUCCUCAAGUGGGUCAAUAGAGAGCUGCUGGAGAAUCCCCAAGAUCUGACGGACAUGAUUAAAGAGGUCAAGCAUAAUUGUGACUGUGGCAAAGCCCAAAGAGGCCCCCCAGUUGUGGUCCACUGCAGUGAUGGCUCGUCCCGUUGUGGUGUUUUCUGUGCUCUGUGGAGCCUGCUCGACAGCGCUGAGAAUGAAAAGGUUGUCGAUGUUUUCAACGUGAGCCGAACCUUGCGCAAGGACCGGCAGGGCAUGAUUGCAAGUCUGGACCAGUACCGGUUCUUGUAUGAUGCACUGGAUGGGGUCUAUCCUGUCCAGAACGGAGGGAUGAAAGCAGUUCACGCCUCAGAAGCGGACUCUGUCCAAUUGGUCAAUGAAACAUUAACAGGGCAGGAAACGGAAGAGAAGACUGCAGACGUAAUCAGCGAUACCGAGAUGGGCCAGCAAGAGGCUGCAAAGAGUGACCCUGUGGUGCCCCAGGGAGGGCAAGAGGAUAAAAAGGAGGCCGAAUAAUUAUCCGGCGGCCUCACGGAGACGCACGGUGUCACUCUGGAGGUCUGAGGGGUUGCACGUUCAUUUGCACCCACGUGCGCUUCCAUGGGAUGCUCCCCUGUGGUCUGCAAAUCAUAUUUGGAACCAAGCUAGAUGUUGUUUUUGAGGCCUCGAAACCUUCCAUUUAUUGGGGAUCUUUCCAAGUUAUGUGAGCAAGCAAUACGGACAACACAUUAUUUUGUUCAGGUUUCUGCAUCUUUUACUUUUGGAAUGCUUUUCUUAAGCUUG